GGUAGAUAUUCGGUUGAUUUGGGUAACCUCCAACGCAAUCGAAGGAACGAGAUUGGGAGGAAGAAAUCCCGCAAAGGUAAAGAACUUGCCGGUUCUUCAUCUCAAAGCCGAGAUGAUUUUGAAACGGGUUACCAAAGGCGAGAUGGAGAUGCGAUGUCCGAAGAACAACGCCAACAAGAAUUGGCCCGACAUAAUAACCGCUUUCUACAACAACAACAAAUGCCGACGGCCAUUGACGAAGAGGAGCUAGAGGAUGAAGAUGCGGAGGAAUUGGAACCGGAGACGGCCGACGAGCCUGCCUCAUCCCAAACCGCCACCGGUAAUAAAAAAAGUAAGUCUGAACUAAUGAAAAAUAAUUUUGAUAAAUGGAAGGACCCACAAACCGGCUAUUGGCACGCAACUUGCAAGUGGUGCAACAACAAUUAUAGUUUGGGAACCUCCGGCGGAUACGGAUCCGCCACAAGGCAUCUUAAGGCAAAGCACCCCGUGGAGUAUGCAAAAUUAGGCGGCGGAACGGGGAAGCAAACUCAAAUAUCGAGGUGGUGCAAGAAAGAGUGUUGCUUGGGGCAUUCAUACGGAUUAAAAUGGCAAACUUAGAUUAGUGGGCAACUUGCAGGUGGUGCAAGAAAGAGUGUUGCUUGGGGCGUUCAUACGGAUACGGGAUGCCAAUAAAACAUAUGAAGUCCUGUGACAAAGGGAAAACAACAACCAACGGUGGCGGAAAUCACAAUUGAUAUUCAUUAGAAAAUGUAUUUUGUAUUGUUAUUUUUAUCUCAAUUCUCAAAUGUAGUUCUUAUUUCAAAUAAAUGCACUUGAACUUUGUUUUUAAU